AUGUUACAGAUGAACGUCAGCUUGAUUGUUGCUAUCAGCGUCCUCGUGCUCAGCAACGGUUUCUCCGCCUCACCGACAAACCUAGACACUCGGGCGGUGAAUGAUGGUCUUUAUUUGACGAGCAAGGCCCGCCGGUCCAUUGGCAAAGAGGUUCACAGACGCGACGACGAAGGCUACGGAAGCAAGAAGGAUUCCGGAUCCGACCCUGAAGAUACCCCGGCAGGCCCUGAUGACCUGCCCCCGGCCAACGGUACUGUUCAAGACGCAGAAAGCAAGUUGCCAAAACACGAAGGUUACUCGUCUGGUCCCCCCAAUGCUACAGUCCAAGACCCAACAAGCCAGUCUCCAACAUAUGGCCAGCCCAUGAAUGGCACACUGCAAGACGCAGCAAGCAAGUCGCCACAACACGCGCCCUACUCGUCUGGUCCCCUGAAUGCCACAGUCCAAGACCCAACAGCCCAGUACCCGACAUCAGGCCAGCCCAUGAAUGGCACACUUCAAGACCCAACACGCAAGUCGCCCAAAUGUAGCCAGCCCAAUGGCACUGUCCAAGACUCGACCAGCCAAGCCCCUGUAAAUGGAAGCCAGCCUUUCGGAAGCAACCCUACCCUCUCCGCUCCUGGCAAUCAACCGGACGGCACCGCUCAAGACCCGACCAGCCGUGCCCCGGACAAGCAGGGUUACUCAUUGGCACCCGUCGACCCAUCUCAAGCCGGCAUUAACCCGCUGAAUGGUACCGCACAGGAUCCAGCAAGCCGUUCUCCUCAAAAGGAAGGGUACUCAUCUGCAGCCGCCUCUGGAGCUCAGGCUGACCGCGAACCCUCAUCUGGCGUCCCCACCCCCGCCGCAGCGCUUGCCAACAGUACAGCUCCUGCAGCUGGCGCUCCCACCCUCGCCGGAGCCCAGUCCACUAGUGACUCUGCAGCUGGCGUCCCCACUGCCCCCGGAGCAUUGGCCAACAGUAGUGCUCCCACCGCUGGCCUUCCCACCCCCGCUGGAGCUCAGGCGAAUGACGUUUCUCUUGCUGGUGUCCCUACCCCCGUUGGAGCCCAGGCUGAUAGCGCUUCUGCAGCUGGUGCCCCCGUACUCGCCGGAUCUCAGGCCGCUAGCACUGUAGGUGGCGCUCCUGCUCCCGCCGGCCUUGCUAAAGCCUCUCCCGGAGCCAACACCGCAGCUGAAGGUCAGGCCGCUGCCGCGCUGAAUGGACAAUCGAACGGUGCUUCUCCUUAG